AUGGUCCAAGAGUCGCCACUUUCCGUCAUCCCGAAAUUUGCCGCGAGUCAGAGGGCUGGCUAUCCAGGGGAUAUUUUACGGGAUUGGGCCAAAGAAUACGGACCUGCCUACCGACUUGAUUUAUUCACAACUACUCCGUUAAUUACGAUGGAACCUGAACAUAUCAAGGCCAUUCUAACAAGUCAGUUUGACAUCUUCGAGAAAGGCGCUCUCCUGGCCUCGCAGUUGCGCUCUUUGAUUGGGGAGGGUGUCUUUAACUCGGAUGGCGAACUGUGGAAAUUCCAUCGGUCAAUGACACGGCCUUUCUUCACCCGUGAAAGGAUUACGAAUUUCGAGAUAUUCGACCGCGUUUGCCACUCCGCGCUAUCGCAAGCAAAGGAGAGGAUGGUCGAAGGUUUUCCAAUUGACUUUCAGGACCUGGUCUCCCGCUUCGCACUCGACGUUUCGACGGUGUACCUGAUGGGGCACGACGUGGAAUCUACGUUGGUUGGGCUUCCGUACCCCCCAUCAGAGGCACAUAGAAACCCGCCGGCUCAUUACACUCAUCCGUCCACAACGUUGACAGAUGCUCUGGCAGAAGCGCAAGAAAUUACGAACUCCCGCAUUGCUUACGGAGCUGAGUGGCCUUUGGCGGAGUUCUGGGGAGAUGCCGUGAAGCCAUACAAGAAAAUCAUUGACGAUGUCGUUGAGCCGUUCGUGAAGAGGGCGUUGGAGAAGAGGCAAAAGGAACUGGAAGGCAAGGAGAAUGAUGGUUCUGGCGAUAUGACUUUUUUGGAGCAUCUGGUUACGCACGUACAAGACCCGGUGCUACUCAAGGACGAGCUCAUCAAUAUGCUCAUUGCUGGUCGAGACACAGCAAUGUCCUUCCUGACAUUUGCCAUAUAUAUGCUAACGCAGCAUCCUGAAGUCGAACGUCGCCUCCACCAAGAGAUUUCUCAGGUUGUCGGAAUAUUGAACGCCAGACCUACCGACGAGAUGAUUCGUGACUUGCAGUAUAUGAGGGCGUUUUUGAAUGAGGUUCUGAGGCUGUAUCCAUCCGUUCCAAUGAACUUUCGAAUGGCGAAAACAGAUACAAUAUUUCCGGCCUGCAGAGAGGGAGAGCAGCCCAUUUUCGUGCCGAAGGACACAACUUGCAUCUACCAUAUCAUCAACAUGCACCGCCGAACCGACUUAUGGGGCCCUGACGCGCUAACCUUCGAUCCCGACCGAUUCCUUGACGAGAGGUAUCAGAAAUAUCUGGCUCCAAAUCCGUACAUAUUUUGCCCGUUCAACGCUGGACCCAGGAUCUGCAUCGGGCAGCAGCUCGCGUACAACGAGGCGUCCGUCUUCCUCGUCCGGCUCCUGCAGCGCUUCACUGGCUUCACGCUCGACGAGAAGGUCACUACGAAACCGCCGACAGAGUGGGCUUCGUGCGAGGGUCUGAAAGGGACCGAUAAGAUCAGGUUCACGUCGCAUUUGACUAUGUUCGUCCCAGGAGGCCUCUGGAUUCGCAUGACGGAACUGGAGGACAAUGAGCACGAAGCUUAA